AUGGACACCGCGUACCCCCGCGAGGAGCCCCGCGCCCCGACGCCCCGCAAGGCCGACGGCGCCGCGCACACGGCGGUGGCGCUGGGGGCGCCGGGGCCCCCGCCGCGGGACCACCUCCUCUGGUCGCUGUUCAGCACCCUCUACCUGAACCUGUGCUGCCUGGGCUUCCUGGCGCUGGCCUACUCCGUCAAGGCCCGGGACCAGAAGGUGGCGGGGGACCUGGUGGAGGCCCGGCGUCUGGCCUCCAAGGCCAAGUGCUACAACAUCCUGGCCGCCAUGUGGGCCCUGGUGCCGCCCCUGCUGCUGCUGGCGCUCGUGGUGACCGGGGCGCUGCACCUGUCCCGGCUGGCCAAGGACUCGGCCGCCUUCUUCAGCACCAAGUUCGACGACUCGGACUACGACUGA